AUGACGUCAAUCGAUCUGCUCAGCAGCUUGCCGGAUGACGUCAUAUUCCACAUUCUCUCUUUCCUCCCGACAAAGCUCUCAGUGGCGUCCAGCAUUCUCGGAAAAAGAUGGAGGUUUCUAUGGGCCAAUGUACCCUCUCUGCAUCUCGAUCGCGUCAAACUCAACGAGUAUCAACUGGAGACAUUGAUUACAACCGCCUUCGACCGUGGUAUCCGGAAUAUUUAUCUUUAUCUUAAAUUCGAUGCAAUCCCUCGAUCCCUCUUCAACUGCAAAACCAUUGUAGACUUGAAGCUUGGUUAUAGUAUAGUGUCACUCUCUGCUAUGGACAAUGUCUCUCUGCCUAGCCUCAAGAAGUUUUAUGUUUAUAAUGUUGUGUGUGAGAAUGAUGAUGCGCUUCCUCGCUUUCUUUCUGGCUGUCCGUCGCUCGAGGAGUUGAUUAUGGAAUUCAAUUUUGUGUGGAAAGAUGAUUAUGUGGGCUGCAUAAACAUAUCAUCACCCACGAUAAAGAUGCUUCACCUCAUUCCUAUCUUUGGUGGUCGUAGAUAUAGGGUGAUAAUAAAUUCCCCGUCCCUUAGGUAUCUCCAAUUGGAUGCCUAUGACUUGGGGUGUAUAAAAAUUCCUAUAACCAUGAUCUCCUUAGUUGAGGCGGAUAUCAAGUUAGAAACUUGGUUCUCAAAAUACCAAACGGAUUACAAUUCCACUUCCAAGGUGGUGAAGUUUCUUCGUUCUCUGUCUUAUGUAAAGUGCCUAAAGAUAUCAGGUUGGGAAUUUGACGAGUUUAUUCGUAGAGGACUUACUCGUUCAAAUGUGAAGUUUGAUAAUUUAACCAAACUUGAACUCCGAUUGAACUUCAAAUGGAGUUUGCUUGUAAAGUUCCUUAAAGUUGCUGAUAAUCUUCAAGUCCUUAUUUGUCGGCAGGUUUAUUUGGAAAAGGGAUAUUUGUGUCCCGAGCCUAAACAAGUACCUAAAUGCCUAUUAUCAUGUCUAAGAACUAUAAUAUUUAAGUCGAUGUGGUACAACGAGAAUGAAUUUGACAUGAAACCAAAUUCCAAGCGCUUAAAAGAAUUUCAUUGUUUGAGCGAGGAUCCAGCGCAUGUCAGCUGGCCUUCCUUCCAGAUUGUUGAGCGAUUGGCCUGA